UCUGGGGAAUGAGGUCAAGCGCACGAAAGGGACCAUGAUCCAAAUGUCACGUACGCUGUUCAAUAAAAGGAGUUCUAAUCCUGCAGUGCAAUAGUUCGGUUUUGUUUAUCAUUUGAGCACUCCAAAAAAAAACUUGAAUCGCGUUUACAUCGGAGGUAGGACAGAACACAAGCUAACUAUGUUUUUUAGGAAAGAGUCAUCUUCGCAACUCUGCGCCCAUGUUGUGGUUUUGAUUUUUGUGGUGUCAUCUUCUGCCAUUGAAAUGUCGUCAUGGCAACGCUUCUGGUGGUGGACCCCCGGGCAAACUUGGCCUGCCAAUGUCAAAGACGUACUCAAAGACGCCUUUGGGUUGUGCAAGCCGAACAAUCCUUACUGCUUCCAGCGGCUUCCUUCAUGGGCGGAAGAAGAUGCUACAGAACUUCUAGCUGUUGACUCGGACGGAACUGUCUAUCAGUGGAAGUUUGACUCAAAGAACCCAACUGCGCAUUCUGUCUGGCAAGCUUUUCACGAUCAUCAAGAAACACCACAUGGAAAAAUUAUGAACAAGCAAGCGUGGGAUCCCCUAGUAGUGGAGGGAAAUGAGGUUAAAGCAACGCAAGACUCUUUCAUGUAUCGAGAACAGAAUGGUGUGAAGUCAUUGCUUCUGGAUGAUGAUAACUGUGACUGCUUGUCAACCCUAAGCAUGGGUCAUGGGAUGUGUAACGCUGGUGUCUCCACCUCGUACAGCAAGCCUAACGUGUUUGGUGUCGAUAAACUGUACGACCCAGGCUGUCGCGGACCAUCUCCAAGUUAUGGCCUUUCACUGUACUUUCGAGCAGCCAAAAAGCUUACUCUGGAAGACUUUGGUGGGGGAUGGAGAGCAUUCUGGUGGUGGGAAAAGGAUUUAACUUGGCCACAACACGUAAGAGAUAUCCUUGGAAGCCCAUAUGGUUCAUGUGAGGAGUUCCACGUGUACUGCUUUCAGCGUUUACCCUCCUGGUUGAAGGAAAAUGACACGGAGCUUCUUGCACUUGACUCUUUGGGAACGGUCUAUAAAUGGUCCUUUAAUCCGAAGAACACUGUCGCGCAUGCGGCUUGGCUUGCAUUUCAUGAUCAUCAAGAAGUCCAACACAAAGAUGUUCUCGACUCCAGCCCAUGGGAGCCAAUGGCUCUGAAGGGGAAUGCACCGUCUAGGACUCAAGACUCUCUUAUGUACCGUGAGCAAAACGGAGUUAAGUCUCUGCUACUUGACGACGACAACUGCGAUUGUCACUCCUCACUUAGUCUUGGCCAUGGUAUGUGUUUAGCUGAUCAUUCUACCAGCUAUGGCAAACCUAAUGUCUACGGCGUUGACGCUCUUUAUGAUAACGGAUGUCAUGGUCCUGUGCCAAACGUCGGGCUAACUCUUUAUUUUCGAGCCAAACGCCCUGAUUUGUACGAUUUCGGGGGAAGAUGGAGAGCAUUUUGGUGGUGGAAUGCCGGUGUGAACUGGUCUGCCUGUGCACCGAAGAAUCAAAAUAUCGAUGUACUUGAAGACCCAUAUGGUAGUUGCUCUGGUGGUGCUCCGUUUUGCUUUCAGAGACUUCCUGCAUGGCUCGAGGAAGAUUCGACUGAAAUCUUGGCAAAAGACUCAAAAAGGAACGUUUACACCUGGUCGUUUAAUGCUUCUAACCCAACAGCACAAGCUGCAUGGCGUGCUUUUCAUAGCCAUAAAGAGACAGCGGCUGGUGCAGUCCUAAAUCAGAGCCCCUGGAAUCCUAAUGUUCUUCAAGGAAAAUCUCCUAUUGCUGACCAGGAUUCGUUCACAUAUAGAGGUACAAAUGGUGUAAAAUCCUUGUUACUUGACGAUGACAAUUGCGACUGUCUCUCGACAAUCCAACUUGGGGCAACUUUUUGUAGUAACCAGUUCGAUCCAAAUGGUCGUGGAGUAGAUCUCUUGUACGACCCUACGUGCAGUCUGCCAAACCCCCACAAUGGCCUGAGUCUUUUCUUUCGAGUUCCAAAACAAAAGUUAACCUUCGAGGGUUUUGGGCAGAAAUGGACCGCUUUUUGGUGGUGGCCGAAAGACGGAAUAUGGCCAAAGGACGUGACUGAUGUCUUGGAGAAGCCACAUGGCGCGUGCAAGGACACAGAUAUCUACUGUUUUGGAAGGCUUCCAACAGAUGCAAAAGAGGAUAGGACAAAAUUGCUCGCUAUUGACACUGAAGGAAACGUAUACCUUUGGAAAUUCUCCUCGGCAAACCCAACAGCGCAUGCGGUUUGGUCAGCCUUACACGAUCACGAAGAAACACCAUUUAACAAGAUACAGAAUAACAAAGCAUGGAAUCCUAAAUUGCUGAAAGGAACAGCACCAAAAGCCUCUCAAGACUCCUUCAUGUACCGAGCUCAAGGUGGUGUGAAGUCUUUUCUUUUGGAUGAUGAUAACUGUGAUUGUUUGUCCACCCUCAGCAUGGGACAUGGUAUGUGCUCAGACGGAUUUUCUACAAGUUAUGGUCCUGUAAAUCGGUAUGGAGUUGACGCCCUCUACGAUAAUUACUGUAACACGCCGCGACCUAACGUUGGUCUGGCACUGUACUUCUCCGUGUUCGAAGAAGUGGUGCACUCUUUGUCAUCUUGUAAACAUGGCGGAAACUGGCUGGCUUUCUGGUGGUGGACAGCAGAUGCAACUUGGCCCGCUGAUGAGGAAGAUGUGUUAGCCUACCCCUUCGGUAAUUGCAACCCGUAUGGCGAAUACUGCUUCGGGCGAAUUCCGUCCUGGGCAAGGGAAGACUCUACUGAAAUGCUUGCUAUUGAUUCUCAAGGAAACGAUUACCUUUGGAAGUUUGACUAUCACAAUGCUGUUGCGCAUGCGGCUUGGUUGGCUUUCCACGAUCAUGUGACCACUCCCGCUGGCAAAGUAGUCAACAACGUAGACAGCUGGGAUCCAGUGGUUCUACAGGGAAAAACGCCAGUCGCCAAGCAAGACUCAUUUAUGUACCGUGAACAGCAUGGCGUCAAGUCCAUUCUGAUGGAUGAUGACAACUGCGGUUGUAAAACGACGCUGAAUAUUGGUCACGGGAUGUGUCUGGCCGGGCAUAGCACCAGCUAUGGUCCUGCAAAUCAGUUUGGUGUAGAUGCUCUUUACGACCCCGGCUGCAAUGUUCCUCGUCCAGAAGUUGGGCUGACGCUUUACUUUCGGGCAAAAUAACUUAUGCAAUACAUGGGCAAGUGAGGGAAACUUUGUAGAAGUAACAAACUAAUUAUUAGGUUUACCAAGAUUUAGGUUGAAGGUGCCUCUUUUCUCUGCCUAGAUUUCAGAAAUGCACUGGACCCUAUCGUGGUUGAUCAUCAUGAUAAAGGUCAUUACUGCGUGCUUAACAUGUUUGAUUAUGCGCAAUAACGCUAAGUAAAAUUUUUAGAUAACUAGUUCGAGUGCCAGACUUUGUUGUUAUAAACGACCAAUAACUUUGUAAACAAUUAUAAAACUUGCUCAUGUAUUCCAGCCAUAGCAUGGUUGCCGUAUGUCUUAACAGCUAUCCUGGUCUAAUUCAGAACAACCACACCAAAGGGAAACCACUAUGUGAAAGUAUGCUGUUUUUGUCAAAUCUCCCGUGUUAACAAAAAAAUCUACCAAUCUCAAUAAAUGACACAACUAUCA